AUGGCAACCAACUUUGGAAAACAAGCGGGCCCAUUAGACGAAAUCUGUCAAACAUCCGACAAUAGCGAAUUUCCACCGCUCAGCAGCGCCAAACAAUUAAAGCGGGAGCGCGCGGUCGAAAAGGGCAGACACACUAAGCUGAUCACAAAGAUAGAUCAACACAUCGCCAACUUUGGCAGUAAACGAGAGCUAGCUGUUCAUCGUGCAUCAUUGGCCGACCAAUUAGAAGAGUGCAUAGCGGCUCACGGGCGAUAUGUUGAAGCGACAGAUUUUAACGAAGAAGAAGAUGCAAACCCGGAUGAAUGGAUAAGAAAAUGUGAAGCGAUAACAAUGGAAGUAUACGGGCGAAUCGACAAAUACAUCCGCACACCGCGGUCCUCCAUCCACUCAUCUGUCGUUAACGAAGAAGCGCUGAACAACACGUUAAGAAAUCAGCCUGACAACAAUGACUCGAUCGUUAGCUCAUCAGUUUCGAGACGAAGAAACCAGGAUCCUGAUCCCGCCGCCAUCAUGAACGAAAUUCAGCAACGCCUACGCCAAGAAAUUGAGUUGAGAAGAAACGUCGAGGAACAGCUAUCAAAAGCGACUACAACUAUGACUCAAAUGACCAUCGAUUCCGCAAAACUGUCGAGCGAAAUUGAACGCAACGCUGAGUUUCAACGAAAAAUACAGCAGCAAGCUGAGCAGAUGGCGAAAGAUAAAAAGAACACUGAAGAAGCCGAACUUCAAUAUCGAGCCCUGGUGGAAAAAGAAAAGAGACAGAUGAACGAAAAAUACGAAAAGGCCAUGGAAGCCGUCGAAAACCGAAUCAAACAACUCGAAGAGCUGUCAAGGCAGGAAAAAGAAACAGAAUGUCCCGAAAAAGCUGAUGCCUCCGCACACGGAGCAAUCCAGAAAAAACGUGUAGACUUCAAUUACCGCAACACUGAAGUAACAGUGGAAGCACCCAACAUCCGACGCGAAACAAAUCAGGGUCCGUCAUUCUUCCGGCCAGACGCGCCUUCCUUUGAAAUACCGAAUCAAGGCCCGUCAUUCUUCCGCCCAGACGCGUCUUCAUUUGGAGUACCAAACCAAGGUCCUUCAGUCUUCCGUUCUGCCGCGCCGUCUUUUGGGGCGCAAAGCCAAGGCGCAUCAUACUACUGUGCCACUGCUCCGCCUUCAGAUGGAGCCAAUCAACGCAGUUCAGAAAAAAACGAAAAUCGAAAAAGCCCGACAGUCGACUCGUCAAAAUGGUCGUUCAACCAAACGAAAUACGGGCCGGCUAACAGCAACACACCGAAUCGAAAAUCCGUAUUCCGAAUGCCGCGACUAGAUCUCGACCCGUUCGAUGGCGAUCCGAGAAAAUGGCCGACUUUAAUCGCAAAUUUUAAAGAUCUAGUCAACGAUGAUCAGGCGAUAUCAAGCACUCAAAAAAUGGCGCUCCUCCGAAGUUGUUUGAAACCAAACAUACAGCAGAGUUUGGGCGAUUGUCUAAACGAUCCAGCUUUGUAUGAAGCAGCGCUUGAAGAGCUAGAGUGUACAUAUGGCCAUCCUCAUCUCAUUUCAAGAGCGUACAUUAGAACAAUUCUUGAUCUUCCAAAAGUUCCGCAUUUCAACGACUAUCGAGCCCUCUUAGGAUUUUCUACAUCCCUGCGCGGCGCCGUUUCGUCGUUAAAAAAUGGUGGCUACGAGAAUGAGCUGAAUUCUGGCGGCCUGCUAGAGAUAAUUCUCGACAAGCUUCCCGCUGACAUUCAAAGCAAGUGGGGGAAGAAGAUAGUUAAAUCACACCCGCAACUCCUGACUCUGCAAGAUUUCGUACCGUGGCUACACACUAUUGUGAAAGCAGAAAUGGUGGUUAAACAUGCAAAAGCGUCAAAUUCUCAACCAACAGAAGGGAAAACUGGAAGACAAGACCGCAAACCGGGCCGUCAAAUUCACAGCAAAUUUAGUUCGCCCGUCUCACCAACGAUUCUCUCGAUAUCGACUGCAUCGAAUUCGAACUCAAAAACAAAAAUUCAUAGCACCGUUCAAUUCAAGAACCUAAAAGAAUGUUUGGUGUGCAACGGCAAUCAUAAACUCCAAGAUUGCAAGAAAUUCUCCGACUUCUCCGUAAUCGAAAGAAGCAACCUCAUCAAGAAAAAUGGUUGCUGCCUCCGGUGCCUUGAAAAAGGUCAUUUAGGUCGUGACUGUAGCAGCAACAAAAAGUGUGGUGUCGACGAGUGUCAACACAACCAUCAUAGGCUCUUGCAUGGCGCGCCCCGAAUAUUUCCGAAGCCGCUCGUUAACCCGACGAACGAAAGUCCAGCAAUAGUGUCAACCAAGCGAAACGACAAUGGAACUGGUGGGUCCACCGGAUCGACCCAUUGUUACACCUGCGCCAUCCGCGAGAGGGACAGAUCAUGGUCCGUGCUGUUGGCUGUCGUGCCCAUCACAAUCUGGAACGGCAAGAAACAUCUCAACACGUUUGGACUGUUGGACCCGGGCAGCGAAGCGUCUCUUAUCUUAGAUCAUGUGGCUGACAAAAUUGGAUUGACCGGACAGGCCCAAACGAUCCGUCUAAGAACCUUCCAUGGCCAGGAUCCAGAUAUUCCAACGCGCACCGUCAACUUCGAUAUUUCUCCGAGAGACGACCAAUCACGAUUCAAAACCAUGAAUGCGUUGACCGUCCCACAACUCAACUUUGCGAAGAAGGAAUGUCAUUGGCCCAGCGUCAAGAAAGAAUGGAAUCAUCUAGCUGACUUAGAUUUGCCAACAUUCGACUCGGCCCUCGUUACCGUUAUUAUCGGUCGAGACAUACGUGGAGCGCAUCGUAUUUUGGAAGAACGCUGCCACUCCGGAGACACCGGCCCAGAUGCCAUUUUAACGCCAUUUGGAUGGUGUGUAGCCGGUUCAGUGCCGUCACGAGUGUUCGAGGCCUCGGAGAGAAGACCCGGCAUUUAUCAGAUCCAUUUUCAGCCAUCCGACCUGGAGUUGAGAGAAGACAUCGCUAGGCUGUGGCAAACUGAAGCCUUCGGUGUUCAAAAACCAACUCAACCGAUACUCUCCACCGAAAACCGAAAGGCGAUGGACCUCCUUGAAAAAUCCAUCCGCCAUACAGGAGAACGACAAGAAGUGGCAUUAAUGUGGAAGGAAGAAAACGCAGUGCUGCCAAACAACUAUUCGUCGGCAUUGCAGCAACUGCAACAUCUUUCCAAACGUUUUAAACGGGACCCAGCUUAUGGCGAAAAAUAUAACAAGGUGAUCCAAGAAUACCUGUCGCUCGGUCACGCAAUUCCUGUAGAUCCGUCCGACACAGGUACGCCUGGGCGUGUGUUUUAUUUGCCACAUCAUGGUGUCACGUCCGGGAAUAAGCCGGACAAGGUCCGCGUCGUAUUCAACUGCUCGGCUCAACAUAAUGGAAUCAGCCUAAACGACAUGCUCCACCAAGGCCCAGAUUUGUUAACCAGCCAAGUAGCAGUCCUCCUCCGCUUCCGUCAAUUCCCGGUACCGAUUGCCGGAGAUAUUGAAAAAAUGUAUCACCAGGUGCAAGUUCCGGCAAGCGAUCAAUCCGCUCUUCGUUUCCUUUAUCAAGCGCCUGGGAUCAACGAACCGAUCAAAGCGUUUCAAAUGACGCGACAUGUUUUCGGUGACGUCUCAUCGCCGACGACAUGCAUCUUUGCUCUGAGAAAAACGGCCGAAGAUAAUCGACAUCUUUAUCCGACAGUUGCCGAACUCGUGCUGUCGAACACGUAUGUCGACAAUCUACUUUACUCUGCCGAAAACGAAGACGACGCCAUUCGUGACGCCAAGGACUUCAAGGCACUCUGUCUAGCUGGCGGAUUUAAUGUCGUACAAUGGAUGUCAUCAUCCCGUCGUGUUCUCUCAACAGUUGCUCCAUCCGAGCUCUCUCGCCCUCAUCUCGACUUCAAUUCUGAGUUGCUCCCGGUCGAAAGAACACUCGGCAUCUUGUUGGAUUGGGAGACCGAUCAGUUCAUGUACAAAGUCGAGUUGAAACCAGCAUCGACCAUGCGUGAAGUGCUCCAAGGUUUAUCGAAGGUCCACGACCCUCUUGGUCUCAUUGCCCCCGCCAUUUUGCCAGCCCGAAUCUUAAUGCAAGAUAUAUGGCACAGCCGGUGCGGAUGGGACGACGUGCUGGAUCAAGAACUCCAAAAUAUUUGGACAAAUUGGACCAACGAGCUAAAACUUCUCGAAGCACUCCGCAUUCCGCGCUGCAUCCGCCGCGUAACCAAACCCGAUCAUCUAGAGCUUCAUGCUUUUAGUGAUGCCAGCGAAAAUGGCUUCGGUGCUUGUGUAUAUCUCCGAUGUUCAUAUCCGAACGAAAAAAUCAGUGUCGCCUUAGUGAUCGGAAAGGCAAGAGUGGCACCGUUAAAACAGUUAUCAAUCCCGCGACUCGAACUCCAAGGAGCUGUUUUAGCCGCUAGACUCGUCAGCACAGUCCGACAAGAAAUGAACUUGAAGGACGUUCCAAAAACAUAUUGGACCGACUCACAAACCGUCCUUCAGUGGAUUCAUUCAACGUCCUGUCGCUAUCACGCUUUUGUAGCUCACCGAAUCACCGAAAUUGUCGACCAGUCAGUGGCAAAAGAGUGGCGGCAUAUCCCAGGUGAGCUGAAUCCGGCAGACGACGCUUCGCGUGGAAUACCAGCGUCAUCCUUAAAUCCGAAACACCGCUGGUUUUGUGGGCCAUCAUUUCUCCUGAUGUCCCGCGAAAGCUGGCCAGCGCCUGAACAAAUAUCAGAGCCCAGCUCCGAUGAUCCAGAAGUUGCCCCGUCACGCUGGGUGGGAUCAAUUUCAAACGAACCCAUUCACCCGUUCAUCCGCAUCGCUGAACGUGUAUCAACGUUGGAAAAAUUCAAGUCCUCAGUUGGCUGGCUCCGACGUUUCGCGCGAAAUUAUUCGUUAAAAGAAAAACCAAAAACAACGCUUCGUUUCUUAUCCGUGCCCGAGCUCCGCAGGGCAAUGACGUUCGCUUUUCGCAUCGACCAACAACAUUAUUUCGCCCGCGAGUUGGAAUUUCUCCGCAAAAGGCGUCCAUUGCCAGUCGAUUCAAAACUGGUUCACCAUACCCCCUUCCUCGACGUCAAUUCCGUCAUGAGAGUCGGUGGUCGAUUAGAUAGGAGCGCAUUCAACGAAGACAUCAAGCAUCCUAUCAUCCUCCAUCACGAGAGUCAAUUGGCUCGAUUGGUUAUCCAAGAGCGACACAUUUAUCUCGAACAUUCGCGACCUGAUCGCACGCUCCACGAUGUCCGAUCUCGAUACUACAUCCCGAAGCUGAGACGCAUCAUAAAAUCCGUCGUGGGAGAUUGUGCAAAAUGUCGGCUGUUACGCUCGAAACCAGCUCCUCCAAUUAUGGCUCCGCUCCCGUCCUAUCGCCUCCGCCCGUUCACGCGACCAUUUUCCGGAACGGGAAUAGACUACUUUGGACCAAUGCCUAUCACCAUGCUCCGACGGUCAUUGAAAAGAUGGGGCGUGAUGUUUACUUGUUUAACGACUCGAGCCGUCCACAUCGAACUCGCCGAAACACUUUCGACCGACUCGUUUCUCCUCGCUUUCUGGCGAUUCGUAAAUGUGCGUGGCUGUCCUGGCGUCGUUUAUAGCGACAACGGCACAAAUUUAGUCGCAGGUGAAAAGGAAAUCUCCGAAGGUUUGGCGCGUUUCAAUCAAGAAAGAAUCGGAUCAAAAUUGGCGAAACGCGGCAUCGAGUGGCAUUUCUCUCCUCCCAUCGCGCCGCAUUUUGGCGGUUCAUGGGAACGCCUUAUUCAGUCCGCAAAAUCCGCCCUACGCAUCAUUCUCGACGGCCGGACAUCGUCCAACGAAAUUCUGCAGUCCGCCUUAGUCGGGGCAGCAACGCUAAUGAAUGGACGUCCCCUCGAAUAUGUUCCAGUCGACCCGAAAGAUCCCAUUCCGUUGACCCCCAAUCAUUUUCUUCUCCUCGAAGCUAAUCCGAACGAACCUCUGGACGUCCUCGAUUUGUCAGAAAGACCGUCCACCAAAGGAUGGAGAGCAGCCCAAGAUCUCAUCACUCAUUUCUGGCGUAGGUGGCUCCGCGAGAUCGUACCGAAACUCAAUUCUCGAUCAAAAUGGACAGCACCGAAUCGAAAUAUUGCUGUCAACGAUAUUGUCUUAAUUGUUGAUCCAGCCACUCGCAGAGGUGAUUGGCCGCUUGGCCGCGUACUUGAAGUCUUUCCCGAUCUCAACGGCACCGUUCGCUCGGCAUCCGUCGCAGUUUGGUCCGGGAAAGGCACGGAAACAAAACUUUGGACCCGAGCGGCUCAUCAUCUGUGCGUGCUGGAGACCGAAAAAUGCGAUGUUUCGGACAUCCGAAACAGGGCCGGCUGUGUUACGGACGAAAAUCUGACACCUCAGCGCCCUAAGGGCACCGAAUUUCCUAUCCCAGGACAAGGCGGACCAGACGACGGCUCAGUGGCAAAAUCGACACCGUAG